UCUGCUGUCAUGACAAAACAUAUGAAUGUAAAGUGUCAUGGAAACUGAGAUUAUGUACAUUAUGAUCUGUAAUGAACAGCACUAGAAGUUUAAGAUUACGAGGAGCACCCGACGGCCUCAGACGACAAGAUAGCUAGCUUUAGGGGCUAAGCUGCGCAGUCGUCAUGAUGUUCUGUCAGUACAGCUGGCUAAUUUUUCCAGCAAGAUAAGCGACCUUCCACGCGAAAUUAGACUUAUUCAUUCACUAAUAUGUUGUAAUUAACAGGAUAAAGAGGAUCAGUUGUGCUACUUAAUAUCGUACUCCCGUUUCAAGCAAGGGAGUCAAACGCUGAAAGAUGGGGGAGUUUCAGAGCAAUGCUCUGGGCCGGGUAACAGUGUACUCCAUCCAGGGCUGCCCACACUGUAUGCAGGCUAAGGCCACCCUCGGGCGUUUGGAAGUACCAGUUUACGACGUGGAUGUGGGUAAGCAUCCAGAGCUGAGAGCCAGAGUGAAGGAGCUGACAGGACGCAGCACAGUCCCUCAGAUCUUCUUUAACAACGUUCAUGUCGGGGGCAAUGAUGACCUGCAGAAAUUGGCUCCUGAGGAGCUUAAGAGGUUGGUAAAUCUGGUCAAGGAGGAGCCUCUUCCAGCAGACGCUCCACCGCUACCAGAGGAGAACCAGUCAGAGGACACAGCUGGGGACAUGGAUGGAGAGUUUAAGUGUGAGCGAGAUGAGUUGGCGGACCUGGUAGAGGACCUCAAACAUGGCAGUGUGAUUGGCAAUCAUAGGAGGGGGCUGACUUUGUACAAAAAGAGCUUCUCAGGCGAUCAGCUGGUUGAGUGGCUGCAGAAAGAGAAGGGCAUGGCCAGGGCUGAGGCCUGUAACACUGGCCAAGCAUUGUUGCAGAAGAAGUACAUGGUCAGUGUGCGUGGCUGUGGGAAGCAGGAUGGCAAUUUUGGAGAAGGGAAAGACACCAUGGACACACUGUACAGGCUGCUGGAGGAUGACCCUCAUUCAGCCCUCAACACAGGACAGACUGCAGCCUGCAGUCCCAUACAGGCUGCUGAGCUCUCUUUGCUUUUACGGGAGAUGAUCCUGAAAUUGUUCUCCGAGCAUCUCUCUGCUGAUGGCAAGUCUGUGGACUACAAAGGCAUGUCAGUGAACCCUGCGUUUGAGCGUUACUGUGAGCUGGCCAUUCAGCUGCAGAGGGUGGAGCUGCUUUCCCUGAGCCGGGAGGAAAAGCUGGCCUUCUUCAUCAACAUCUACAAUGCCUUGGUCAUCCACGGGUACCUGCGCAUGGGGGCCCCCACCAACAUGUGGCAAAGAUACAGAUUCUUCAACUAUGUGAGUUACCUGAUUGGAGGAGAAGUGUUCACAUUACAGGACAUCGAGAACGGCGUUCUGAGAGGGAACAGAAAAGGUGUCGCACAGCUCCGAAGGCCCUUUUCCAAAACAGACCCACGGCUACAAGUGGCUCUGCCAGAUGCUGAGCCCCUCAUUCACUUUGCCUUGAACUGUGGUGCAAAGGGCUGUCCACCUAUUAAAACAUACACUCCACAGGACAUUGAUAGCCAGCUCCGCACAGCGGCUGAAGCCUUCCUGGAGAACGACGAUGGCUGCAUGGUGGAUUCUGGGAAAAGAGAAGUGCGACUCAGUCAGAUAUUCAAAUGGUACAAGGCUGACUUUGGAGGCACUGAUGAAAAGCUGCUGAACUGGGUGCUGGAGCACAUGGGUGAUUCACCAAAGAAGACCAGCCUGCAGGAUGUCCUCUCUGCCGGGAAGACCAAAGUCAGCUUCCUCCCUUACGACUGGAGCUCCAACAGCACCCACUGAGUAUGCACACACAAAUGCGUACGCAUUCAGCUAUACACUAUGUCUUUUUGCGUAUCUCCACUUUCUACUGAGCUCUACUUAAAAACCAGGACGGUGAUGACCUGCUCGCCAAAUGCAGUCCACUGGUCCCCAACCUCAUGCAAAUGUUUUUAUGCAAAACGAACUGUAAAAAAAAAAAAGCGGUGAAGGGGAAGCGUUUGCACUGUACCAUCCAAUCAUAUUUCUCUUGUAGGCUCAUUCUAACCUGAAGGUCUUAUUGUCUUAUUGUAAGCCCCUGCACCUCAUGUUUGGAAGUCAUAUAUGAGCUGCACGUUCAAGUUUAAUUUGUUUCAAGUAAUUACAACAGAUCCUAUUUUAGAAAACAAGUUGCACACAGAUUUUCUACUGCAGCAACAUUUAAUAAGAUAAAUGCACGUAAAGCAUGCAGAUUUUGCUUAAUGAUGUUUUCUAUGUAAAAUAACAAAACCUAAAAAAAUCAGCUUACAUAUCACAAAUUAUUUUAGAGGAAAUUAUCAUAGAGAAUGCUACAAGCAUACUGCAUACUACUACUACUAAUAAUAAUAAUUAUAAUAAUUUAAAUCAUCAAUAUGGUUUUCAUGCUUUCCAGUCCUAGUCUUUCACCACAAUGUCAGCAACUCAGGACACAUAGAGGAUCAUGAUCUUCUCAGUUCAGUUUGACACGUUUUUUUGAGCUGCUUUUGUGGAGCUUUUCAGAAGGAGACGACAACUUUACUGAUCCAAACACACUACCUUGACAAGCCAUAUCAAAACCCUUUGAACUUUCAAACCCUCUCAUUCAUGUGUAGUGGACUCUAGAUUCCUCAUAAAGCUGGUCCAUCAUUCCAGCUCUGUUUUUAGUGUCUAUGGUGGGACUGUAUCCUCUGAAGUCCCGAUCCUUGCGGACUGUGUCCUUUGCAGGAUCUGACCGGUUUUCAUUUGCAACCCCUGGUCGUAUUUUAUUUCUUCCUCUUUUCAGGUGAACCUACAUCACUGACCAGCCCGCUGUUUGAUCCAGAUCUUCCAUUUGAAAUUGCAAAAGUGCUACUUUUGUGUUAUUGGCACAGCUAUUUAUUUUUUUUAAAUGUGAAAAUAUUGUGAAUUAUGGAAACAUUUAUCAACAAUCAAUCAAUCUACAUCCAUUUGGAAAUGCACUGACACUCUGAAUGGAGUUGAGACAUGUUUUUCACAAAGAAAAAUUUUGGGCUAUAUAAAAAAAAUGUGUCGUGUUUAUUCUGUUUAUUCCAGCACGUCUGCAGAAAAAUAUUUUUCAUUACUCACAUCAGUAGCCAUGAAUACAAUUAAGUGUAGCAGUUGAAAUCAUUCAUUAAUUUUUCGCCCUUUUAAAGAAAAGUGUACAGUACCCUUUCCAUUUUUUUUUUUUUUUUUCACAACAUUGAAAUUGAACUUUAUUGGUUUUACAUACUGGCCUUAAACAUUUGUAAGAUUAAUUUUAACAUGAUGAUACAUUUUCCAGUCUGAUUUCCCACACGUACACUGUACCCCCAAGUCACACAGAGUGAGACUGGGGGGGUUUCUGUGUUUCCAUAAUUUAGGACUUUAUCUCAGGUCAAAGGAAAAUGUGAGUGGAAUCAAUAGUCAAGUUGUUUAAUGCCAUCAGUGCACCGUAUGCUGCAUGUUGUUAAUAAUCUUUACAGUUUCAGCUCAUUCUGUAUAGUUUACAAUUGUUUGCAAAGACAGUGUCAUGUGUGUAGAAUCCUUCACAUGACUACAAGCUACAAACAGCACCAAAGCAAAAUAGUUAAAUUAGCAUGUGUUAAAACUGGAAUGGAAUUUGCUGCAUGAGAUACUGGAAAAGCCUCCCAUCUUGAAUGCUGGCCUGUAGCAGGACUGCCUCUCUGUCACUGCUUGUUUUCUUAGCCUGUAAGUUUAGCCAUAAUAGUUGGACCUUAACACUUAACUUAGGCAAAUAAAGCGUCAUUACCAAUAUCGGAAUCCAACAGUGCAAAUCUAAGUUCCAUAAAGCCUGCCAUAAUUAGACUCUGACAGCUAAAACGAAACAUCACCCAGUCUUAACAAUAGGCUGCACUUUUUCUUUAAAUACAUGCCUUCAGUUACAGUGCACCCUUGGCUUUAUUACACUUAACUCCAUUACUGAGUGACUGAGUUUAAAGCAAAAAGGGAAGAUACUUCGUGGAGUAAAGUGAACAGAAGGGUUGUAUUUACGUUAUCCCCACGGUGAUCCUUGUAUUUUUUUUUUUUUUUUCAAAAUGACCUCAUGUGUAUCAGGAAAAUGCAAUGCAAAAACUUUUUUAAACAAGCAAUUCUAAUAUAAUUCUACUUUCCUCUUUUCUGGGGGUUAAUGAAGCAAUAUGUUCAUGUAUGGUAAAUAUGCAAUGCUGAGCUAUAAUAAAAUAUAUAUUGAGUCAGA